AUGUUUAGAUCUAACUAUCUACGAAUUCAGAAACAAAUUAACACAGUUCAACUUAGUCUCAAAUAUGAACAAUUGAAGUUACCAGAAAUACAUCCAACUUUAAUCAAACCAUUAACUGAUGAAAUUUUACUAGAGAAAACACCAGAUUUAAUCUUCAUUUUGUUGCUAUUACGUUAUGAAUAUUUGAUACAAUCCGAGAAUAACCUUAUCAAUUAUGAUUUGCUAAUAACUAAAGCUAAUAUUUGUGAAUUAUUAAGUAUUAGAAUGUUAAGAGAAUAUAAUUCAACUACUCGAAUUGAAAUUUUAUUUCAAAAUCCAUUGGCAUCUAUAAAUCCAGAAUAUAAAUUUAAUUUACUUGAAUUAUCUGUAUUAUCAAAGAGUAAGAAGUUUUUAUCACAACCAAUUAUCAUUAGAAUUUUAGAUAGGUUAUACAAUGGGGAGAUAAUAUUGAAUAAUGGAGUUGAAGAAGAGAAGGGAUUAUUAGAUAUUUCAAACUACAAAUUUGAGAAAAUUUCAUUUAGACAUAUUUGCAAAAGAGCAAGAACAGUACCUAAAUAUCAAUCAAUUGUUAUAAAUAUUAAAUUAAUUGUAUUUUCACUAUUAUACUUUUUACAAAUAAAUUAUAAAUAUCCAUAUACAGAGAUUUUAUUUUGGUUAUUCACAUUGAGUUUUAACAUUGAAUUACUUACUAAAUUAGUCCAUAUUGAAUGGACGUAUAUGAAAUUGAUAAUAUGGAAUUACAUAGAUAUAUUAUUAAUUUGCUUGCUUGAUACAUGUUUAAUUUUAAAAUUGACAAGUUAUUAUUCAGAUGUGUUCAGUUUGAUUGGAAUAAUUUUAUUUCCUAGAAUAUUAUCAAUACUCAACAAUUACAAAUUCUUCAACUUGAUUGUCCUAUCAUUAAACAAAAUGAUUUGGAACUUAUUUGGACUCACCUGUUUCUUUUUCACAUUAAUUUCAGGUUUUUAUUUUAGUUUUAUAACAUUAUCCAUAAAUCAAUCAAAUGGUGAGAUAUUGUUUAAUAUGGUUAAAAUAUUUUUUGGUUUUACUCCUUCAGUAUGGAACAAUUGGGAAAAAUUUAAUACAUUAGGAAAAGUUUUACAAAUGGGUUAUUUAUUUUUGAUUCAAUUUAUUAUAGGUACAAUAUUGGCAAUUUGUCUAAGUUCAAUAUUUGCAAAAAUACGAGAAUCAAAUUUUGAAGAAUUUAAUUAUUUUAAAACUAAAAAUUUGAUAUUAUAUUUCAAACUGGCAAAUUUAAAUAAUACAUUGUUCUUAAAUAUUUUCAAAUUUCCAAUAUAUUUAGGAAUUUUCAUUUAUGAAUUAAUAUUAAGUAAAUUCUACAAAGAGUCAAAUGAUGAACUUAAAAAUUUUACAUUCAUAAAAGAUAAUUUAAAGAAUUGGCAAAGUUUCAAUACUAUACAUUAUAGAACAGCAAGUACUGAUUCAUUUUUCAUAAAUGAAAUAUUGAAUAAAAAAUAUGGAACUGGAAAUAAUAAUACAAAUAAACGAAUUAUUACAAAUUUAUCAAAAAGAGGAAACGCAAAUGGUGGGUACAGUUAUGAUUUUAAUGAUUUAUUUAAGAAACCAAUUCACGAAUCUUCAACACUGAAAUUUAAUAGAAGAGAUUCUGAAACUAGACUGGUAUUAAUUUAUGAUAUACAAGAGGAUAUAAUUCCAUUAACUAAGAAAAAUACAGUUAAUGAUAUAGAUCAAUAUGAUAGUGAUGAGACUAUAUAG